AUGGUAAAUACUAAUGCUUGUGAAAUAACAAUUGGUAAUAAUUGGAAUAAUUUCUUUGAUUUUUUAUUUAAAACAAAAUUAUGUUUAUAUGCUCAUCGUCGCGACGAAAUCGGUAUGGAAAUUAGUUGGUUAUACGCACUUUAUCUUUGGUAUACAAAAAAUGAAAUGAAAUCUAUUAAAACUUCAAUUAUAAUGGAGCAUUUAUGUAAUCUUCUUCAUUUUUUACAAAUUAUGAGAACAUCAUAA